AGCAUGCAGCUCUCCUCUGGUACUACUUAAGGCUCAGGUGAGCCACCCCUCUGCUUCGUCAAAGCAGAGAGUUGCAGUGAGAGCAAAGAACUGAGAGUUGCCUCAAGGAGAGUAAGCAGAGAUCAGCCAUGGCGCUGGCUUCUUUGUCGAAGGUGGUGCUUGGUUCGGUUGCGUUCGGGGUGUUCUGGAUGCUGGCGGUGUUCCCGUCGGUGCCGUUCCUGCCGAUCGGGCGCACGGCUGGGGCGCUGCUGGGAGCGGUGCUCAUGAUCGUCUUCCACGUCAUCAGCCCCGACGACGCGUACGCCUCCAUCGACCUCCCCAUCCUCGGGCUGCUGUUCGCCACCAUGGUCGUCGGCGGCUACCUCAAGGGCGCCGGCAUGUUCAAGCACCUGGGCGCGCUGCUGGCGUGGCGGAGCCAGGGCGGGCGCGACCUCCUCUGCCGCGUCUGCGUCGUCACCGCGCUCGCCAGCGCGCUCUUCACCAACGACACCUGCUGCGUCGUGCUCACCGAGUUCGUGCUCGAGCUCGCCGCCGAGCGCAACCUCCCCGCCAAGCCGUUCCUUCUCGCGCUCGCCACCAGCGCCAACAUCGGCUCCAGCGCCACGCCCAUCGGCAACCCGCAGAACCUGGUCAUCGCAUUCAACAGCAAGAUCACCUUCCUCCAGUUCUUCUUCGGCAUCCUGCCCGCCAUGCUCGCCGGGAUGGGCAUCAACAUGGUCAUGCUGCUCUGCAUGUACUGGAAGGACCUCGAGGGCGCCUGCCCCGAUGAGGUGGCCACCGGGAAGGAGAUGGAGGCCGUCGAGGAGGGACGGUCUCCCUUGUCGGUGCUAUCUCUCAAAAGCCCCGCCGCCGGCAACGGCAACGGCCACGGCCACGACGCCGACUCAGUGAUGUCAGAGAACAUCUCGACCAAGCACCGGUGGUUCAUGCAGUGCUCAGAGCACCGGCGGAAGCUGUUCCUCAAGAGCUUCGCGUACAUCGUCACCGUCGGCAUGCUCGUCGCCUACAUGCUCGGGCUCAACAUGUCCUGGACCGCCAUCACCACCGCCAUCGCGCUCGUCGUCGUCGACUUCCGCGACUCCGAGCCCUGCCUCAACAAGGUGUCCUACUCGCUGCUGGUCUUCUUCUCGGGGAUGUUCGUGACGGUGAGCGGGUUCAACAAGACGGGGCUUCCGGGGGCCAUCUGGAACUUCAUGGCGCCCUACUCAAAGAUCAACCACGUCAGCGGCGUCACCGUCCUCUCCGUCAUCAUCCUGCUCCUCUCCAACCUCGCGUCCAACGUGCCAACCGUGCUGCUGAUGGGGGACGAGGUGGCGGCGGCGGCGGCGACGAUCUCGGCAUCGGCGGUGACGCGGUCGUGGCUGCUGCUGGCGUGGGUGAGCACGGUGGCGGGCAACCUGUCGCUGCUGGGGUCGGCGGCGAACCUCAUCGUGUGCGAGCAGGCGCGCCGCGCGCCGCGCAACGCCCACGACCUCUCCUUCUGGAGCCACGUCGUCUUCGGCGUCCCCUCCACGCUCGUCGUCACCGCCAUCGGCAUACCGCUCAUCGGCAAGAUCAGCGUCGACUAGCUACCACAUCCAUGGAGGCCUCCACGUCGUGCCAUGCAGGCAUGGCAACCGAUCGAGCAGGCAAUCUCAAGCGCUAGCUAGCUACAUGCUUAUGCAUGUAUGCAUACGCUUCGAGUUUACGAUGGAUUAGUGCAUGUUUCUCAAGUUAUUUAUAUUUUCUGUACACGUAUAGCUUUGCCCUGCUCUGGUCUGGGACAACUGUUGUAAGUCUUGACUAGCUAGAGCAGCAUUGUCAGAUGUUAAGAAAGGUGCAAUGUGCUAAUAAGCAGCUAGCACAUGCAAGAUCAUCUGGCCUGUCAUGCUUAACUAGAGUAGGGUUCCAAAUUAAGAUAUGUAGUGAUCACUAGUAGUGAGUGACCAAGUAUAUGAAUUAUCACAUAGUUUCAAGUAAUAAUGAUUCAAGUUGGCAGGGCUUUGUCU